UCAGCAUUAAUGAGCUGCAAAUCAACAAGGCAUUUCAAAGAGGAAAGUCAGACACCCACCACAGGCAGCUGCUCUGUGAAAGUUCGCCUGAAAGCGAGCUCAGCCCCGCUGCUUCAGGUUUCUCACAGGGUUAAAGAGGAAGCAGUUCCGCCCUCAGAAGCUGCUCAGGGCUGAGGUAGAAGACAAGCAGAAAGAAUAGGGAAGAGCUCAGCACCCGAGCUGUUUCUGUUCUAACUCUAUCAAGACGAAACUAGGUCCUAAACUACGCCGCCGGACUUCGGAGGACUUUGGUACCCAGGUGUGGCUCUGUCCGCUAACACGUCGUCGGGGGGAGAAAAAACAUGCGCACGAUAAGUUUGAGUCUGAAACUGUGCCGAUAGAAGUGCGGUGUGUCCGUGUUUGAAGCUCCGGUUAACGCUUCGGGGUCUGGGGGGAUUUUGGUUUGGGCUUUUUGGGCGAGACCUGGUGAAUCAGGCCUUGAGACGCUUUUUAAUCUUCAAAGAAAGUUUCCCCGUCAGGAAUGAGUGGGGAAGAAGAGAGAUUCAAACUGGUGGUGGUGGGAGGAGGUGGAGUGGGGAAGAGCGCCCUGACCAUCCAGUUCAUCCAGUCCUACUUUGUGUCAGACUACGACCCCACCAUUGAAGACUCCUACACCAAGGUGUGCACUGUGGAUGGGAAGGAGACUCGGCUAGACAUUCUAGAUACAGCAGGCCAGGAGGAGUUUGGUGCCAUGAGGGAGCAGUACAUGCGCUCUGGAGAAGGCUUCUUACUGGUGUUUGCUCUCAACGACCGGGGCAGUUUUCAUGAGGUCCAGAAGUUCCACACCCAGAUCCUGAGGGUAAAGGACAGAGACGACUUUCCCAUGGUGCUGGUUGGAAACAAGGCUGACCUGGAGCAGCAUAGAGUGAUCUCCAGGGAGGACGCUCAGGCGUUUGCCAGAGAGAACAAGAUCCACUACAUGGAAGCUUCUGCCAAGAAUCGCUACAAUGUGGAUGAAGCUUUCGUGGAGCUGGUGCAGAUCAUCAGACGGUUUCAGGAGAUGGAGAGUCCUCCUCCUCCAACUCAACAAACUGGGAAACAGAACAGUCGUGGCUGUCCCUGUGUCAUCCUGUAGGCAUCGUUACUAUGGACACCAAACCCUCAUCCCACUUGAGCUUGUACAAAGAAAUGUGUGUGUGUGUGUGUGUCAGAGUGAGUGACAGAUAAGGUCUAUCAACCAACCUUCCAGAACACUUUCUUUGCCAUUUACCAAAAACUGUUUUUUGUUCAGCCUAUAAUUUUUGUAUUAUUUUCAUGAGAAGGAUGUAAAGAGAAGGUUGUCUACAGCAGCAGAUAGAGAAACAGGAAAUGAAACUUGUCACAUCAGAGCCUGAUGUACAGAAGAAGAGCUGCCUCAUCAUUCAAUGACAGACUGCAUUCUGAAUGCAGACCCUGAGUGUAGAUUUGAGUCAGAAAGUAUUUCACAUUCUUGUGCAAUGUGGCACGCCCUAAACUAGUCAUGGGCUGUACUGUCAUCUCCCAUGACUUCCUGAGGGGGGCAGCAGAGCCUGACAGCUGAAACAACAUGCCUGCUUCGUAGUGUGCUUAUGCUUUGGGUUCUGUCUACAGUUUGAGGAGGUUUAUCACCGGUAGCCAUAGCAACUAUAAAUACUGUGGCUUCUCUGCUCUGAUCACAUCUAAAGUAUUUCACCUGGUGCUUUUGCAAUGCAUGGCUCACAUAAGCUUGGUGCUUUAGUGGGGAAAUUGUGUUUUUAUGAAAUAUUACAUAGACUUCAGCUGGAUGCAGUAUUUCUUAACAGAACUAAUUUCUUUAUUUGCACACUUAGGGCACUUAUUCAUCGACUACAGCACCUGUACGAGGAAGAGGAGAUUAUCGGUAGUAAUUUGCCUCAGAAGCAGCAGUGAAGGCAGUAUUUUAAAAAUGACCCAGAGCUUUUGGAGUAGAUUGUGCUUCAGUAAAACCCCUAGUGUUCAUGUUUUAAAAGGAUUUAAAGUAAUCAUUUUAAAUCACACAUUUCUGCAUUUGGCUGAAGAAGAGGAGGUUAAUAGUUCCGUGCUUUACUGCAUCUGCACUCCAAGAAACAAAUAAAAAAUAACCACAAUUAAUGAAGAACGAUGUUUUCUCACAGAUUUAAAGGACAAAAUAAAUUAGACAACAGUUAAAUGUGUAAUCAGCAGAGUUGGAUUUGGGUCUAGAGCAAGUUUUGGUUUCCUAACCACUAAGGAAAAAAAUCCUUUAGUAAUGCAAAUUACAGUACAUUAAUAGGUAAUCCUUCACAUCAGCAAAGGAUUAUCUUUGCUGCUUUAAUGCAUUCAUUCAAAUAUGAAUUGAUUCAUGUUAAGUUCAAUAUCUCCAUGCUGUUUACAAAGAAAUGUACUAUAAUUUUUUGAAAUACUUGAAUAUUGUCUAGAUUCAUAAAAUCCCCAAAUAUUCAGGCAACUCAACUUAUUUAAGCCUAUAAAUUUGAUAUAAAGUACAAAGUUAACAAAAUACUCACUCAUUAAAAAAAAAAAAACUAAACAAAAAAAACUUUUAUGGCCACCCUCAAAAAUCAGAGCCCUGGGCUACUGCCCCUGAAAGCCCAUUCCAAAGUUUUCCCGGUUAACCAGAGUCCUAAUGGAGGAUUGUCUGAUUGGAAAUGUGGGAAAAAUCCGAGGUUGUGAAAUCCUCAUGAGUCCAUUCACAAUGCUGUGCCUCUGCAAAGGAGGAAUGAUAUAUGUUGAUAAUAAUCUGCUGUAAUUUUCAUUUUAAAAAUAAUUUUUAUUAUUGUUUACCCCAAAGCAGCUUUGUUGUUUCGUUUUUUGUUGACAGUAUUACUCUCCAGCAGCAGCAGCGGCCCGGGGGGCGGAGCGUUCAGGGCCAUUUGGCUGCUGUUCAUAAAGGUUCAGGGUAAAAUAAAAAAACACAACCUGCACAGUUUAACUCAUAGACGAAUUAUUGGACAUGCAGAUAUACUUCCUACAUGAUGCUUUUAUUGGGGUUAGGUGAGGUGCUAUUUGUUUUUUUAUCACAAUGCAAUAAGGUACAGACAGCCACCUUUGUGUUUUGAUUAGUAAAUGGCUUAAAGUUGUUAUAAUAAGCUUUGUGAGAUGCAAACUACACUGUGGUCCUGGUGUUUAUUUCACGUUGGAGGAGGUUGGUUCACCUUUUAUCUGUUUUCCAAAUCCAGAUGAUUACAGCGAAGCCUCUCAUUUAUUUGGUUUCCAACAUAAGAAGGGACGUAUCGUUCAAAGCUUUACCUGAAACUGUAGCAAACAUCACUUUGUCCUGGAGUAUAAAACAAUCAGUUUUCUUAUAUGACAAUGUUGUCAGCAUAUUAUCACCACUUUCAGGAGAUCACAAGGAAUUAAUGUAUAUACUCAAAUCUUACAA